AUGCCGUCAACCCGCGAAUCCAACCAAAAGGCCCUGUACGAAGUGGGCAUGCCCAUCCGCCGCGCGGUGCUCGGCGACGCCUACGUCGACAACGCCCUCGCAAAGGGCAGCACCGAGUUCGCGCGCGCCAUGCAGGAAUUCACCACGGCCUUCUGCUGGGGCGCGGUGUGGGACCGCCCAGGGCUAGAUCGCAAGCAGCGCUCGCUGAUCAACCUGAGCAUGCUGGCCGCGACAGGCAAGAUCCACGAGCUGGCGGUGCACACGCGCGGGGCGGUCAACAAUGGGGUUUCGGCGACGGAGAUAAGGGAAAUAUUGGUCCAGAUAUGUAUCUAUAUGGGUGUUCCUGCUGGGAUGGAGGCGUUCAAGGCUUGUGAGGCUGUGCUUGUUAAGAUGGCUGAGGAGGGUGUCGCUAUUAAGCAGUGA